CCAAGUUAUCACCGAUUGGAAUAAAAAAAAGCGGGCACGACACAGUACUGUCACUGUCAGUCACGACAAUUUUUUUUUUACGUAGCAGUCGUAGCAGUUGGUACUGGUAGGUGGGUGGUAGUUUGAGUUGUGGACGUGGAGUGUAAAGUCAAGAGUGUUCUGAUAAAAUCAGUGAAUAAAAUAUACUGUGAAAUAUCCAGUGGAAAUAAUCCGAAGUAUUUUAAUUUUAAUUUUAUAAACAAUUAGAAAACCAUAAUUUUAUAAACCAUAAUGUCGACGUCGGGUGAUUCUGGCAUUAAUCCUCUAAAAAAAUUCAAGUUAGUUUUUCUAGGAGAGCAAAGUGUGGGAAAAACAUCUAUAAUUACAAGAUUUAUGUACGAUAGUUUUGAUAAUACCUAUCAAGCAACCAUAGGAAUCGAUUUUUUGUCAAAAACGAUGCACCUAGAAGAUAGGUCUGUAAGAUUACAAUUAUGGGAUACUGCUGGACAAGAAAGGUUUAGAUCUCUAAUACCUUCAUAUAUCAGAGAUUCAACAGUUGCUGUAGUAGUGUAUGAUAUAACAAAUGCAAAUUCUUUUCAACAGACAUCAAAGUGGGUUGACGAUGUUAGAACCGAGAGAGGUAGUGACGUAAUUAUAAUGCUUGUGGGGAAUAAAACAGAUCUUGCAGACAAGAGGCAGGUUAGUACAGAAGAUGGAGAACGUAAGGCAAAAGAAUUAGACGUUAUGUUUAUUGAAACUAGUGCAAAAGCUGGAUAUAACGUUAAACAAUUAUUUAGGCGUGUAGCUGCAAGCCUUCCUGGUAUGGACUUCACAGAAAAUAAAACCCAAGACAUGCAAGAAAUUGCCCUGAAAGACACGCCCAAUGAAGUGAAAGAUCCUGACGGAGGCUGUGCAUGCUGAUUUUAGUUUUAAAGUUCACAUUACCCAGUUUUUUGUGCUUCGAUUGAUGGACAAUACUUUACAUAAAAUGUUUAAAUACCUAUAUAAAAUUGAAAGCACGAAGAACUUUACUUUUCAUAAGAUUUAAUAGUUAAUAAUUUUAAUUUUACGAGAUUAUCUUUGAAGGCAUUCCAGGAGGUUUGUCCCUGAAGGACGAAGGAAAAGGAAUAAAUAUCCUAGGUGGUAUACCUACUACAAAAACUAGUAGGAAGAUAAUAAACUUUUAAAAAAAAAUGGAACCAAGGAUACUAUAAAUCGUAUUCUGUACUUCAGAAGAAACAUUCAAUAGACCUUAACUAUAACUAUCUUCUUUAUGCCACUUGUAUUGAACACCUUAAGAAAUUGCAGAUUUCUUUGCGGUAUACUUUGAGAGCUGUUAUGAAGACUACUAGGAUCAUCACAUUCCCGGAUAUUGCCUUACAGGAAGCGUGUGUGUCACUCAUAUAUCACACGUUCAGCCCUGAGGAGGUUAUUAAAAGACUGGACAAGAGUAAAAAUGCUGGUUCUGACUGAAUACCGCCAUUAUUUCUAAAAAACUGUCGCAGUUCUUUAACGGCCGCAUUGAGUUUCAUUUUCCAGAUUUCGUUUAGCGGGGGCGUUUUCCCAAUGUUGUGAAAACACUCCUGGCUGGUUCCCAUUUUCAAGUCAGGAUCCAAGAAGGACAUCGAAAAUUAUCGAGGGAUCUCUUUACUACCAAUUGGCUCCAAAGUUUUCGAAUCAAUAAUAUAAACACAUCAUAUCAGACGACCAGCAUAGUUUCUUUAGAAGCAGAUCAACCGCCACCAAUCUAGGAGUGUUUCGGGACUUUUUGGUUAACAGCGUGAGGAAAGGUUUUCAGGUGGACGUCAUCUACACAUUCGACCGAGUCUCUCAUCGAUUGCUCCGAUGGUUGCAGAUAUCGCAUUUGGGACCAAUUUUGUUUCGGCUCUUCAUUUGUGUUUAGUACGGGUAAAUGCCUUUUAUGUGCAGACGAUCUGAAAUUGUUUUGUGAACUCGUUGGAGGACUGUUUAGCCUUACAACGGGAUAAGGACAAUCUAAUGGAAUGGUGCAAUCUGAACGGUCCAAAUAUUAACAAUAAGUGUAAAGUUAUCACUACAGAUACCAAUAUUCCAUCGACAACUACUUUCUGGAAAGUGUACGUAACUUUAACGAUUUGGGCAUAAUCUUAAGUAUAGUGAUUUAAGUGUACUUGUUCAUAUGUCUGUGAUGUGAGAGCCAUCAUAUCAUGUGGUUGUAUAGCUGUUUCGUUCGUAGUUUUUAGAGUAUAAUUUGAUUUCCAAUGUAUAAUUGUCAUGUCCAGCGUCUUGAGCCAGUUCAGGACAAGUUUGCAAUAUCUCUUAUCAAACUCGUAUUCAACUUGCAAGAAUCGAAAGUAUGGAACUACAUCGGCAGAAUGCACUAGUGCCUUUUUUGUUCAAAUUAGUUAACGGACAAAUAGAUUGCAGUUCACUAUUGUCCCUAAUAUUGCUUAAGAUCCUGCAAAGAACAACAAGAUCAAGACAUAAGUCUUCCAUGUUCGACAUCGUAGAACUAAUUAUGGAACACACAGCUUUUGCGACAGGUUGAUGAAGAAUUAUGAUGCAAAUUUCGGAAGUGUCGACUUAUUUAUGUACAGUUUUGAAGUUUUUAAACAUAAAGUUAGGAUUAAGUAGAUGUAAGGCACUGUAAAACUGUAUAUGCAGUCCUGAGCAUUAAAAAUAAUGGGACACCCGAUUUUUCCUAUUGUAAAACGGGCUCACCAGCUACACCGUCAGUAAUGACAGGGAUUGUCAUAUUUGACAAAAAAUCCGUUGUACGUUGUACAGAAGAUACUACCCAAAAUAGAGAAAAAUGACGAGACCUGUCGGGUGUCCCACUUUUAAUGUUUACGACUGUAUACAGGAUGUUUCACGAACAUCGAAACAGAGGCGUUUCGGAAUAUUUUAAGGUCUCCUGACUUUCCUUUCAGUGUCCUUAUUCUUGAAACGGGGGAGUAGCGUUCCCAGGAGAACGAAUGUUUUGUCUUUGUUACUUAUGUUGUCAUUUGCAUAUCAUUGAGAUGAGAAAGACGGAACACACUUUCUCCUGGGAACAUUGCUCCCCUGUUUCAAGAAUAAGGACCCUGAACGGAAAGUAAGGAGAGUGUUAAUUUGAGAAUAACGGGGCCAGAAGAUUUGUUUCUUAUUUAGCCUAUGACAAGUUUGACAAUAAAUAUCUUAAGAACUAAUCAUUCUAUUUUCAAAAAAAGUACACAGUUGUGACGAGAAUCAAAAUACCUUUGAAACAAGGUACCACUCGACCCAUCUUCCAUAUCUAAAAAAGAGGGGUGAAAGUGACCCCACCCAGGAAGUGCACCCUAGCGAAAUACCGAUGGGAUCAAAAAGUUUUCGCCUCGUCAAAAUUGACGUGUCCGAGCAUUUUUUUUUAAAUUCAUACCUUAAAAUACCCUAAAACGCCUCUGUUUCGAUUUUCGUGAAACACCCUGUAUAUUUGUAUUUCUGUGUUUGUUUUUCUCUCAUGUACUUAUUUGAAGUUUCUGAUUUUGUAAGUAAAUACCUAUUAUUUUGUUAAUAAAUAAAUUAUUAACAAGCAAACCCUAUAGAAGCUUAUAUUUGUAUGUGAUAACUUUCCCGAUAAACACUCUGUGAUAUUUACGUAAAGUUUAUAUUAAUUUGAAAUAUUUUUUUUCACUAGCAUUAUUAGUUUCAUGAUGUCAAGUUUAUGUAAAUAUAUGUAUAUGUAUGAAAAAUUUCCUGGAGAUGUCUUAAGGCAGACGUUUGAAAGACGUUGGGUUUUGUAACAUACAACAAAAUUCAACUUUGAAGGCUCAAUCAACAUCUUCAAAACUUUGUGACUUAAUAUGCUUUACAUCAAUGUGACAUUAUAUGUUAUAUUUGAGUUAAAUUUUACCUAAUUGUGACUUGAAAAAAACUUAGUUACGUAAAUUUCUACCUUAACUUUAUGUAGCUGUGUUCACUGGGUCGUGACAAUAUUCCCCAUUCGUUACUGUAAUGAAGCUCAUACACAUAUUACACCUUUUUGAAAUGCAUUUUCACAAUUACAUUCAAAAAAUCUGAAUUACAACUGAGGUUUUCUGAAUUACAAUUGGAAAAGAUAUAUAGUAUAAUAUAAAUUACUAUUUCCUCAAAAGCAAACAAAAAAAAACUCGCCUUAAUCUAGUGAUUGCAUGUCGGGGAUAUUACGUUCAUCGAAAAUACAAGACAUAUUGGUCUUGAAUUUCGAGCGGAUAGAGAAAGGCUUUCUUCUGGGAGCCCCGCGCCUUUUAAUACGCCCCUUCUCACUUGUUUUUACAAUCACUUGCACUAUAAAAGUUGUUGAUCCGAACUUGUGAGUAAUUAGUAUUUCGUAACAACUACUCUUUUGUAUUUUGAAUAUAUUGAAGAAAAAAAUGUUAAUAAAGUUUGUGGUGCUAUCGGCUGUAGCGGCUGUGGGUUUGUCUAGACCUGGAAUUGUAGAAACUUCAUUCGGUCAUGAUUUUGGUAGUCAAGGUGGAGACUACCAUCAAGGUUUAAGCCUAGCAAGUUUAGAUCAAAGUCACGGACUUGGCGACAGCAGUUUUGGAAGCGGAGGCCACUCGUUGCAACUAGAAGGAGGCGACGGAGGUUGGAGCAGCGAAGGCGGAGGCAGCUCUGGAGGCGGCGAUUUCCAUCACGGAGUUAGUGUUGUCGGAGGCGGCGGAGAACAAAAGGCGGAAACUAUCGAUUUGACUAAUCAUGGUGAUAGUCAUCAUGGACCGUUUGGAGGCAGUUUUGUAGCUUCAGGGAAAUAUUCGGCUGGAGGGCAUGGAGGUGGAGGUGGAGGUGGGUCCGAAGGAGGAGAGCACAGCUUUGAAGGAGGUUUUGAAGGACAUUAUAGUGAUGUUUUAGGUGCUGGUGAGGCUGGUGCAAGUGUACACGAACACCUUUCAGAAUUAAGUGGCCAUCAUCUUUAUUGAGUAUUAGUUUAAGAUUUUUGACUGUUUUUUCUUUGUAAAUAGGUACUUUCUGUUGAUUAAUUUUAUUCUUGUUUUUUUUUUAAUUUGGUUUCUUUUUUAAUAAAAUGAUAAAAAAUUGUUUUAGUAAGUUAAACAUUUCCUCUUUAGUCUUUACCAAAAUAAAACUCACAUUUGUAGCUUAAAAAUACAUUUUUUUUUAUUUACCAAUAACUUACAAAAAGAUACACUAGUGGGCUACUACUAUGGUUUUUCUUUGAAGCUCCAAAAUUAAAUAAGAAACAUCUAUUUACUUAUUAGCACAUCUGGCUUGAGAGUUAGAUUAAUUUUUACUUCGUUAAAACGAAUAAAUGUUAACAUAUAGAUAUUUAAUAUAACAACACAAAAUGGAAUAAAUGAUAUAUAUGAAUAUAUGUUUGCAACAUAAUAUAUUAUUCUGUCAAAUGAAAAUAAAUAAAUUUGUCAAUAAUAAUUAAGUAAAUAAUUAAAUUCUGGCAGAAAAAAAAAAUAACAAUAAUAUAAGCUGCCCAAAUCAAAAUGAGUAUUGAAUUCUAGCUUUAUUUUGAUGACAAAAUUGUAGUUUUUAUCGAUUAGUGUUGAAUGGGAAUAAGUUUUUCGCCAGCGGUGAUAGCCGGUAGGGGAGCCUCGACCGUCAAGACGCCGUCUUUGCUCAGAGACGACUUGAUGUGUUCGGGAUUCGUGCCUUUGGGCAACAAAAAUUCCCUGUUGUACUCUCUGUAGACGGAUUUGGAUUCUGUUUUUUCUUCGUGCUUGGCAUGGAC